AGUAUUCGAGAAUCGCUCAGCGGAAACGGUUAUUAGUUUACUGAUUUUCGGGCGACACACACACAUUCGUUAUUCAUAGUUGGUGCGCCCAAAUAUUCGCGAAACAGCAACAACAAUUAGCAACCAUCUGUCACCUCAGAAGCAAUGAGGCCCUAAGAUGGAAGCCACAAAUUGGAAGCAAUCGCAUCGAAGGAUUCACGCACUAAUCCUUAUCCUUUGGAUCGCUGGGGUGCAAGGACAAACCGUUGGUUCCCUGGUGGCAGUGAGUGAGAGCCAGGAACUGGCGGAGAAGGUGGAGGUGACUGUGGUUUCUACGGUCUACACACUCGGCUUUAGCAUCUCCAACGAGGCGGACUACUCCAUCGAUAAGGUGAUCUGUCGCAAUGGAUCCGGAUCGGAAACCGAGGCCAACGCAGCGCACGUUUGUGAAAACCUUAAUCCUUGCACCUUCUACACAUCGGUGGUUUCAUUCCGUUCGAAUGUCUCCGGCAAACCACCGCCUUCUGACCAAACCAUCUAUGCCUACACUGAAUAUAAGCAGCCCAAGACCACAGUGACCUCAGUGGUGGCCACAGCGAACACCAUCAAAGUGACCUGGCAGACGAACGACCGCGCCUGUGUGGAGUCCUUUGGCAUCACGGCAAAGGCGACGGACUACACCAAAUCCUUUCAGCUGCUAAACGAUAAAAGUUCUCAGACUUUCGUGAAUUUAAGCGCCUGCCUAACGCACACGAUCACCCUGGACACGCGAAACAACGCUAGCGUUGUGGUGGACACGGAUGCCACCGAUGUGGACACACAGUACGCGGAGCCCGGCGAUCUCGUCAUGAACGUAACGAACCUAGCCAGUGGCAUCACGAUGAUCACGUGGGGAGAUCCCUCCGAGAAGAACUGCAUCAGUAACUAUGUCUUCAAGUGGCAACGCAACGAUUGCGGAACGGAUCAAAAUCAGGAUACCACCACGGAUGUGCCCAGUACGGAAACUACGAACGAGAUUGACUACGUUACCACCACACCAAUGGAGACCACACCCGAUACGCCCAGUGAUGAAGUUAAGUGCGAGUGGACCGAUGUCUCCUCCGAUGGCAAGCUGAGGGAGUACCUCCUGACCGAUCUUCAAGGAUGUGAUUUGUACACCUUUCAGGUUUUCAUCAACGAGAACAGCACGGCCAAGGCUUCUCAGACUUUUACUUCGGCAGAAAAGUUGGUCAGUGCCGUCUAUGAACCCAGUCCCACCGCCUAUCCCACCCAGUUGCAUUGGACUUGGUUCUCUCCACAAAAUCAUCCCAAAUGUGUGGCUAACUAUAGUGUAACGCUGACCGGACCCAUUCAACGAUCGGAAAACAAAACUAUGAAUGUGAUCACAGAGGAGACAUUCGCUAUCUUCGACGACCUUGAUCCGUGUGGAAUAUAUUUGGUGGAGAUUGUGCCCAAUCAGCUAAAUGGAAGCGCUGGCACCAAGUACCAGGAGCAGAGCACCGUGGGCGAGGAUCAGCCAUCUGUGAUUCAAGAUCCCGUCGUGGAAGCAGAAGCCUACUCGAUGGAGGUGAGCUGGAAGACGCCCGAGUACGCCGAUCUCUGCAUCGAUGGCUACCGAUUGUCCGGCUGGAUGGAGGACGAUAAGCUGGUUGAGGUUGAAGCACUUAGUAUUACCACCCAGAAUACGACGGUUGUUUUCGACAAGAAUCUGCUGGCCUGUCAGGUGUACAUCAUUCAGAUAAUCCCAUACACCAAGGAGAACCUCGAUGGUCAGCUGAGACAGGUUGGUGUGGAGACCAAAGCAGCUAUAGUUGAUUACACUAAGGUCAAGCUGGAAAUGAAGAAUGCUGGCUCCGAAUUUAUUGAUUUAAUCGCCUUCAAUGCGGACUACAACAAUUCCUGUCCGACGAUCUUUGCGCUCUUCACGUGCAAUGCCACCACCCAGGUGCGAAAUCCAUACGCGGAGCGUUAUGUGGAGGGACAUAGCAAACAAGGUUUUAAUGCCAGUCUAAGUCCACUUUCCCCCUACGCCACCUACGUUUGCAAAGUAAUACUCUACAAUGUGGCAGGACCUUCCGAACCAGUUGUCGAUGCUGAUAUGCACACCACAACCUACUUUCCCGAGCAGCCGGAGAGUGUGAUGCUGGAGAAGAGCACUGUCAGCAGCCUGCUGUUCAACUGGCAACCGCCCACCUACACAAACGGACCCAUCAAGUACUACCAGGCAUUCCUGAUGCGUCACGAGGCCAGCUACUUUGUGCCCGCGGAUUGCGCGAUAGUCGAGCAGGACACCAAGUCGGAGACCAAGGGUGAUCCUAGUGUAAACUUCACGGGUCUGGCUCCAGCUGUGCGAUACAUGAUGCAAGUUGCGGCACAAAAUGACUUCGGAAUGGGCGUCUAUACAGAACCCGUAAUUGGUAUCACUUUGCCAGCAGUAUCCGAUAGCGUGACCCAGUUGACCGUACUAACCCAGGGUCCGGUGAACAAUAACGCCGUGUACGAAGCGAACGUGACUAUCACGUGGAAGGUGCCCUGCAAGUCCAAUGGCGAUAUCGAGUAUUUCCAGCUGGCUUUCAAUGGCACACGAAAUAACUUCGCUCCAGUUUCAUUUGAACGGCGGGUGGAACUGGACACGGGGAAUAAGCAGGGACGGAUGUCCUACACGGAAACGGAAAUGCAGCCACAGUUCGACUAUACGGUUGAGGUGUCCGUAAAGAAUCGCGAUGUGGAACAGUUGAGCAGCAGUGUACCGGGUAGCUGGCAAUCGCCAGCGGGACUGCCCACCAUUCCGAGUGAUGAGCUUAUCAAGCAAAUGCGCGCCAAUGUCGAGGAGACAUCUAAUCCAACGAAAACGGCCAUUGUUCGCCUUCCAGCCGACAUCAUGACAUCCGCAUCCGGCGACAUCAAGUGGAUGGCACUGAUGAUCUCGCAAAAGAACUGUGCUGGAGUUCCACACCUCAAAUACGAUGUCAGCAGCGAUUGGCCAAAGGUUCUAUCCUAUCAAGAGGCCGGCGCAGAUGGCACAGGUGACUGCAGUCUGGAGUACCAAACCACCGAGGAGCGCUGGCAUCCCGAACCCGUUCAACGUCAGCGAAGGGAUGGAGAGGUGACAUCCGAUGAGGAAAUUGUUUUUACCAUCGGAUUGGACAAGUGUUCGGAGGUUCAGAAAACGUAUUGCAAUGGACCUUUGUUACCAGACACGGAUUACAAUGUUGUGGUGAGACUGUUCACCGCAUCUGGUUAUAGCGAUGCCGCCGUACUCAACUUUAAGACCAAGGCGGCCAUCAAGGUGACCCUGAUCCUGGUGAGCGUUUGCAGUUGCCUGCUGCUGGCCUUCGUACUUGGUUUGACGGUUCUCUGGGUGCGCAAGCGAUUGGCCUGGAAACGUGAUUCUGGUCAGGGUAUCGAGGAUCCAUUUGGCAAUGUCAUUGCCAAGAACUUUGCCAUCUUUUAUACCGAAGUUGCCAAGCCGGAGAAACUGGCCAGGGAGUUCAAGGAGAUCACCGUUGUGGCCUUGGAGCUCAGCUAUUCCGCCUCCGAAUUGGGUUGCCACAAGAAUCGCUAUGCGGACAUAUUUCCUUAUGACAAGAAUCGCGUGAUUCUGGACAUCGAUGCGGAGGGAUCGGACUACAUCAAUGCCUCCUUCAUAGAUGGUCACACGCGUAAGAAGGAGUACAUAGCCACCCAGGGACCAAAACCAGAGAGUGUGAUGGACUUUUGGCGCAUGAUCCUGCAGUACAACGUGCGGGUUAUUGUUCAAGUUACCCAGUUUCGCGAGGGCAAUACGAUCAAGUGUCACGAGUACUAUCCGUAUAAUGUGCGUGGAUUGACUGUGACUAUCAAGUCCAAGGAGGUUCUGGAGCUGUACGAUCGAACUGAGUUGACUGUUGUGCACGACAAGUACGGACUGAAGGAGAAGGUGAUCCACUACUAUUUCAAAAAGUGGCCCGAUCACGGCGUGCCCGAGGAUCCCAUGCAUUUGAUUAUGUUUGUGAAGAAGGUGAAGGCGGAGAAGCGACCCAGUUACUCGCCCAUUGUCGUCCAUUGCAGUGCGGGAGUGGGCAGGACGGGCACGUUUAUUGGCCUGGAUCUGAUCAUGCAGCGAUUGAAGAGCGAGUCGAAAAUCAACAUUUUCGAAACGGUCAAAAAGCUGCGAUUCCAGCGCAUGAAAAUGGUGCAAACGCAGCAGCAGUACACAUUCCUCUACGCCUGCACCUAUGAGCUGGUCAAGCAUAAGAUACCCAGAGCUGCGUUGAAAAUGGAUGGGCGUCCCAAGUCCGUGACCGUGCCCGCCAUUCCCUCUCCCAAAAAGGUGAGCUUUCCGGACGUGGAUGUGGGCAGUGAGUAUGUGUCAUCCGCACCGAUCACCGAUUUGGAUGACGGUAGGCCCAUCGUGCAGCUGCCUUCUAGGUUCUCCGGACUGCGGAGGAAUAGUCCACCGGGCGAAAACGAUAACCCAACUAGCAGCAGCAAUAUGUGAGAUGAGCUGUGUUCUUGUAACUUUUGUAUUAACGAUGUGUUGACAACGCAGCAGCAAUAAUAGCCAAAGAAAUAUGUAUCUAAAUUGUAUAUUAAGUGGAAAGUGUGGAUAUAAAUUUGGUAAUUGCAUU